AAUUGGAUUAUCUUUGACAGUUGACAUUGUGUUGUUAUUGAUUUUAUUUAGAUGUAAGUGGUCAUUGCUUUUAGGGAAUAAUGAGAUUACAACAAUUAAAGUAAGAAUAUUUAUGUAAUUCAAUUGUGCAGUAAAAGCCAUGUCGGCAAAUGGAAACGGCGCAAAUUAUGCGCCGUUGAAACAAACAUUGUCGGAUACAGAAUCUGAAGACGAUCAAAAGGUUGAAAAUGCUGUUCGUAUUAGAACUACGGAUAGCUGCAACAACUUAGAAUACAAUAGUGGUUUGCAAUCUUCCAAAAAUUACAGUACUAGCGAUAUGGACGACUUAAAUACUAACGCCAACACUUUGGAGAGUACAAUGGACAAUGUAAGUUUUCUUCAAUCCGAUGCUUCUAAUAAAAUGUCUUUGCCUCGCCGCUGCGCUUUUGUGGCAUCAAUAUUUAUGUGCAUCUUCACAGUUGUAAUCUUUUUAUGGGGAAUUCCAUGUUCUAAUGUGGGGAACUGUUCAAAUAACCAAUGGCGCGAUAAAUCUGCUGGUUGGGAGUUACCCUAUUACGAUUUGGAGCUCUCUGGCGCAAUUCAAGUUGUUAAUGGUGCUAUACCGAAAACAAAGAACUUAAUAUUUAUCUAUCGAGGCAACCAUAUGAAGCAUGAAGGAUUUAAUAACAAUGACAAUGUUAAUGGAGUAUUACUUAUUGUUGGCAACACUGGAGAAGUUGGAUGGUUCACAAGAGAAAAAAGAAUACCAACGCAAAUAAAUUGUAAUCUAAUUGAUGUUAACAAAGAUAGACAAAGAGAUUGUCUAGUGUCUGGUACAGAAGGUCUAUUAGCAACAUUAAAUGCUCUAUCCGGAACACAUUAUUGGCAUGUCAAUAAAAAUGGUAAUGUCUCCACUGAUAUAGCUGCAAUAGAUUUUCCAAUUAUUGUGAAUGACACAGACAAAGAUGGAGUUUUAGAUUUAUUAACGAUAGCUACAGUCUAUCCCAAUACAAACCACAAUGAACUAUUGCUUAUUUCUGGAGCCACUGGGAACAUUAUUGGUGGACCGUUGAUUAUACCUGAAUGUACAUCUGUGAAGCUGUUACCGGAAGCAACAUACAUUACAUAUUUGUGUAAAAGUGGGCCAGCUGAAGCUGUGCGGCAAAUUUUAUAUCCACAUUUACUUAAAAAAUUAUCAGCAAAUCAUGGUAGUGAAGUACCUGUACCGAAAAAGGCAAAUUUAAGCUUGAAAAAGAAUAUAGGAAACACUAGAACAGAAUUUACUAAUGGACCAGGAAAACUUAUAGUUCAGAAUUCAGGGGAGUGUCCAGACUCUUGCAAAGUGAACCUGACUCUGGUGCUAGAACAGAAUGGAACCGCAAAUGUAACUUGGGAAUACACUGCAAACCACGUGUUCGCAAUGACGCCGAGCUCGUUUUCUUUCACAAACUCGAUACGAGGAUUCGUGUUAAAAUUAUGACAGUGGAAUAGUGCCCAUUUAGCAAAUGGUGCACGAAAAGUCGAUGAAGUAAGAUACAAUAUGCAAAACCAAAGUCCGAAGAAUGUUUUCUACUAUCGCCCGAUGAUAAAUGUAGCUUCACUUUCGUCAUUUAUAAAGUAUACUAACUUUACUGCUCAUGAUAUCUCGGAGAGAAUAGUAUUGGUGUCAUUUGAUAAGAAACAGAUUCAUAAUGUAAACGUGAGCCAGACGGAUAUAAUACAGAUAUGCGUUCGUGAGUCUAUGAACAACUUGCCGAUACCAUUGUGUCAACCGGACCUAGAAUAUCAGGAACAAUCAUUGAAGAUCGCUGAUUUAGAUGGUGAUCGGUCCAAUG